GAAAGGAGGCUUCUUCUCAUUAGAGGAGGUGGAGGCUCUCCCAGAUCAGUGCGCUUGUUGUCUGACACACGCUUGCACUCACACAUUCUUAUGAGUUUGAGGAAUCCAUCGCCUGUGGUAAGAGUGACAGGAACAGUCAGCCAGGGUUGAGUCACAGCGUUGCGCAUUGUUUAGACACUUUCUUCACACUGGAAGCAUCUCAAAACACACCUUAAGUGUCAUUGAAGUGAGUUUCAGCACACUGCUCUAAUGACAGCAAACUAAUUUUUCUGUAACCGGCAAUUCAUUCUGUCAGCGAAUGGAGGCUGCUCAUGGUGGAUUGUAAGGAGUCUGUGUGAGACUUGCGUGAGGAUGGCAUGGGGCAUGUGGACCUUCAUGCUUUGCGUGACACUGUGGAUCUGCUCUGCAACUCAAUCAGCAAAGACUGUGAAUCCAAGAUUACGACUGUCUCACAAAGAGUUAUGGGAGCUGAACAGGACGAGGGUGUUCCAGUCUGGAGAGGGGCGUCUGCAGCACUACAGUAUGUUACUGGAUGAGACUCAGGAAAGGCUUUUCAUCGGAGGAAAAGACAUCAUGUACUCUCUCAAUCUGGAGCGCAUCACUGCCCCUCACAAAGAGAUUCACUGGGUGAGCUCUGAGGAGCAGGUGGGGGAUUGUUUAAUGCAGGGCAGAGAGAAGCCUGAGUGUGCAAACUACAUUAAGUUGGUGCAGCGUUAUAACAGCACCCACCUGUUAGCAUGUGGGACUGGAGCCUUCAACCCAGUGUGUGCCUAUAUCAGAGUGGGCAGUGGAACAGAGCAGGAAGAAGAGUUCCGGUUGGAGUCUGAUCACAUACAGAGUGGCAGAGGAAGAUGCCCAUUCCAUCCCAGCAGCCCUUCAGCAUCCACUGUGCACCGUGGGGAGUUGUUUGUUGGCUUGUACACUGAUUAUUGGGAGAAUGAUGCCGCUCUAUAUCGUCUAGGCAACCACAGCUUCAUUAGGACUGAAGUGGGUGACAGAAAGCAGCUGAAUGAGCCCAAGUUUGUUGGUUCGGCAGUGAUCCCUGACAAUGAUGAUCCUGCUGAUGAUAAGGUCUACUACUUCUUCACGGAACAAGUGGCCAACAUGGAGGGUGGAAAAAAAACAGUUUACACCAGAGUGGCCAGAGUCUGUGCGAAUGACCAGGGUGGUCAGAGGAUGCUGGUAAACAGAUGGAGCUCUUUCCUGAAGACUCGUUUGAUCUGCUCAGUGGCUGGACCCAACGGCAUUGAUACACACUUUGAUGAGCUUGAGGAUGUGUUCGUGCUACGGAAGAAAGAUGAGAAACAUCCAGAGAUCUUUGGUCUGUUUAGCACCACCAGUGCUGUGUUUAAAGGAUACGCAGUGUGCAUGUAUAACAUGGAAGACAUCCGUGCAGCAUUUAACAGGCCUUUUGCACACCGGGAACGGACUGACCACCACUGGAAAGUGUACAACGGCAGGGUCCCCUACCCACGACCUGGAUCAUGUGCCAGUAAAAUAAAUGGAGGCCAGUUUUCCAGUUCAAAGGAGUAUCCGGAUGAGGUCCUGCGUUUUGUGCGUUCCCAUCCCCUCAUGUUCCAGGUGGUGCAGCCCAUUCACAGGCGGCCCAUUCUGUUGGACACUGAAGGAGGACGUAAACUCACACAGCUGGCGGUGGACCAAGUGGAAGCUGAGGACGGACACUACAAUGUUCUCUUCAUAGGGACUGAUGAUUCUGUAGUGUUAAAAAUGAUCACAAUCUACAACAAAGAAGCCGACACAGUCGAAGAAGUUCUCCUGGAGGAAUUGCAGGUUUUCAAGGUCCCUGUUCCUAUUACUGAGAUCCUCAUCUCUACUAAACGACAACAGCUGUACGUGGGCUCUGAGCUGGGUGUAACACAGGUCCGUGUGCACCAGUGUGGGCUGUACGGUUCAGCCUGCGCCGACUGCUGCCUGGCCAGAGACCCCUACUGUGCGUGGGAUGGGUUGACAUGUUCCCGGUACUAUCCUGCUGGGCUGUAUACAAAAAGGCGCUUCCGACGGCAAGACAUCCGCCAUGGCAAUGCAGUUCAGCAGUGCAAUGGGCUUCAGCUUAGUGAAGAACAAAGCAUCUCAGAAAAGCUUGUAUAUGGUGUGGAGAACAAUAGCACCCUACUGGAGUGCAGACCACGAUCACUGCAGGCAUCUGUAACAUGGUACAUUCAACAUGGUGUGGACAUGGAGGAGGUGAAAGGCGAUGAUCGUGUGAUUCAAAGCCCCCAUGGCCUGCUGCUCCUUAAAUUGGCAAAGGGAGACACAGGAGUCUACGUGUGCCAGUCCACAGAGCACGACUUUGUCCAGACGGUGGUGCGUGUCACUUUGGAGGUGCUGGAUGAGGCCAAAGUGGAGGGUUUAUUGCAUAAAGGGGAGGAAGGCGAUUCUGCACACAGACCUCAACCCUGCCUCUUCCCCAGCUUGCCCUCCUCUCCAUCCUCCUCAAAGCUCUGGUACAAGGAUUUCAUGCAGCUGAUCGGCUACAACAACUUCCAGCAGAUGGAGCAGUACUGUGAGAAGGUGUGGUGCGUGUCUGACAGGAAGAGGAAGAAACUCAAGGGAAUGGCAUCUAAAUGGCAGUACACACCUGGGACAGAGCAGCAGGGGAGAGCACGGGCGCCUCGACACGUACAGGGACAGUAAAGACUGUUAGAUGAGAGAACGAAACUUUUCAACCAAUUCUCAGUGCAGGUGAUCAUAUAUAGACAUUUUUAUUAUAAACAACAACAACAAAAAAAGAAUAAUUCGUAAUGUCAUUAAUUCACAAGUCUUACUGUUUGGUAGUCAGUAUGCCAGAUAUUUAAAGGUGCACCAAGUCAUUUUUUUCAUAGUAUUAAUAAAUGUGUGAAAGCAAAGUGAAACCAUUUACACAAUGCAAUGACACAAAUAUACUAUGUCGCUGUAUCAUAAUUUUUUUCUGAUGAUUUAAACACUCGAUCAAAAAUUUUGAGUCAUUAAGAUUCUUUUAUAAUGUGACACUGAAAACUGGAGUUAUGGCUGAAUAAAUUACGUUUUAGAAUAUAUUAAAAUAGAAAACAGUUAUUUUACAUCGUUAAAUAAUUUAAUAUUAAAACACUUUAACUGUUAUUAGUUUGGUCAAAUAAUUAAGAGGAUUAAAAUUAUGCAUUAUGGAAACUAGACUUCUUUAAAGCGGUGUACUGUAUGUUACACAUUUUAGAAAAUAUAAUGCAUCACCUGGUUAUUCCAAGCGUACAGAAAAUUUGUACAAUUUACAUUUAGCAUGCGUGCCACAAAAGUAGGAAGAGGAGUAUGGUAGCAUACUGUUCCAGACAUAUUUAAUUAUAAUAACUUGGUGUACCUUUAAAAUAGAAAGAAAGAAAGAAAUGUGUAAUCGAUCUGAGUAUUUAUACAGGGCUCUUGUGUGACAUUUGUCUUGCAAAGAAAAUACUAAAGUUGCUUCUACGGGAACAUGCAGUGCUACCUGACUGACUGGGCCAUUAAAAGACAAGGGGUUCAAAGACCCUCUCAGGAUGUAAAAGGCAACAUUUCCUUUUGGACAGCUCUGAACAAUGACACAUGGCAGAGACCAGCUGUCCUCUUGUCAACGAUGUGAGAUUUCCUAUGAAUGACUUUUCCACUGUUGACAAUUCAAGAGUUCCAUUCAACUGAGGAAACAUUUCCAUUUCCAUUUCUGUGAGCAGUUACUUGGCUUCAAAAACGCUCCUGAGAGAACUUACGCACACACUAAGUAUAUUUAUCUGUAUUUUCAGUAUUAUAUAAAUUAUUCAAGUUGGUGUAAUAUUUGCUAGUGUUUUUUGUAGUGGUUUUAGAUGUUCUAAUAGUUUUAACUGGACAUGAAAUGCUGCAUUUCAGCUGUGUAUAUAGGUUGAUCGUAAUGCAUUUCUAGUGAUCACACCUUCAAACAUAUAUAUAUACAGUAUAUAUAUUUCUUGGUGAGUGUUUUAAGACAUGCAAUGAUAUUUUUGCUGUGAACUACUAAAUUAGAAACAAAUUAACAGUAUAUUUCAGUGAGGUCAACAGUUUUGCUAUGUAUUAUGAUGUUUUAAAGUGUGUUAAAUCUUUUAAUUGCUAUGUGUUGUAUAAUAAAUGGCAUACAUCCACACAGGGUUGAGGUUUAGCUGGUUAGCCUGGCUCUGUUAACCCCUGCAACAUUGACCAGCUGUUGCUGAGAUGAAUGGGCAUGCUAAUGGACAACUUGCAGGUAUCAUUGACCUCCUUGUAAUAUACAAUGCUGUUCAAAAGUUUGGGGUUGGUAAGAUUAUUAUUUUUUUU